UAUAUAACAUAUUAUGUACAAGUAAAUUAUCAUUCUUAUGGUGUGUCACUUAGCAAAGGACAAUUACAAAAACUAUCAAGCGCUUACAACAAUAAUUCAGCUAUAACAAUCAGACUUGCCUAUAAUGAAUUGUCUGGCCCAGAUGAAUUGAUGUUGACGAAAACUCAGCUUAAUAAACUGAAAAAAGCAAAGAUCCAAGGUGUGGGUUCAGAUACUAAAAUAUCAAAAACACAACUACGAAAAGCAAUAAAGCAAGGCGGAUCUGUGUGGUCUAGCCUGAAUUCACUUGGAACACGAGCAUUUCCCCAUGCUACUUCAGCCAUUUCUAAAGCUGUCCCAGUAUUAGCAACAGGUGCGAUGAGCGCUUUAGGAAACCUGGGAAUAGACAAGAUUUUUGGGAAAGGUGUUCAACAGGAAGGAUUUUUAAUUCCACAGAAUAAAAUAGAACAAUUGAUCAAAUACAGGCAUUUACUAACCGUUGAUCAGAAGAAACAGAUUUUAGAUUCCUUGCAAACAGGGGGUCAGUUGGUUAUAAGGCCAACAAGGAAACAAAUAGAAGGAGGUGCUUUAGGAGCAAUACUUGCUUUUUAUAGGUGUCACUCUAGCAAUUGAAUUAGCUUCGAAACUAUUUGGAAAGGGAUUGAGUACCAAAUCCAGAGGUGGUCAUGGAUUGAGUACCCUGAGAAAACCCAGUGGCGGUAAAGAUCUUCAGGUAUCUCAGAAACCAGGAUAUUUAAUGCCUUAUCAACCGCCUCCUUUUAUAGGCACAUGGGAGAAUCCUGUUGGAAUGGGAUUUAAAAAAAGACCUCAAAUAGCAAGCGGCCUUCUACUAGGAAAAACAGCCCAUUCAACGAAAUUUCGCUCUUAGGAACAAUCCUGUUAAAACUUCCAUUCAAAAAUAUACCACUAUCCAACUUAGAUCUUAAAAAUUGAUGUAAUUAUCUGGACAUUAAAAUAAUAGGGUAUCAUUAGCAGAAAUACGUAUAUGCCAAAUAAACAUAGCCCAUGUAUUAUCAAUCUUGAUGAUUAUCAGAAUACAGGAACCCAUUUGGUAGCUUGUGCACCAUCACAUGAGAAUAAAAAGAUUUUAUGGUAUUUUGAUUCAUUCGUUAUGCCCUAUCCUAAGGAAUAUGAGGUAAGAGCCAAAAAAGGAUAGUAUGAAAGUGAUUUACAAUACAGUUCCAUAUCAACAUAUCAAAAGUGUUUUAUGCGGGUAUUAUUGCAUUUCUUUCUUACAGAGAUGGUCACUUGCAGAGGACUAUUAUGACAUUCUGCAAAGGUUCAGUAUCAAUGAUGCCAAUAACAAUGAGCGGUUUAUAGAAAAAUAUUUUGAAAAUUAAUAUAAUAAUCCAUAUAUAUAUAACGUCAGAAAAAUUCCGCGUAUAUUGUCAAGAAGUUACUCCGCAUUAUGUAAAUGAAUAUGGAUGUUUUGAGUGCUGCAACUGUGAGUCUCUAAGCAGUAGUGAAAGUGAAUAUGAGUCGGAUAGCUCAAGUGGAGACUCCAAUUAUGUGCCUGGUUGUGGAUCAGACAGUGAUUAAACGAUAUUAAUUACCUCCAUUCAGUGAUUUGAACACAUGUACCCGAAAAAUGUAAGAAAAACCUACCCUAACGAAUCGUUAGGUCAGGUCCCAGACGACUUUUAUUACCUCCAUUUUUAUAUAAAUAUUGUAUAUAUAAGAAUGACAGAUCUUAUUGUGUGAAACAAAAACAAAAAAACAGAUAGAAUGCGUGCCUGGUUCUGAAAAAUUGUUACAGCCAAAAAUGGUAGAAAGAUGAUGAAAUGUAAAUGUGCUGAAUGUGGAAUAACAAAAACAAAAUAUAUCAAAGGGCAAGCAGGGUGUAGUUAUUUAACGGAUUCAAUGAUGAAGGCCAGUAAAAAAAUAAAUAAAUUCAUGAAAUUAACCUCUUAAAUGCAAAUAUAAUAUACAAUGUAUUAAUAUAAAAUGACGACAUCAUAUUGUGUAAAACAGAAAAAACAGACAGAAUGUGUGUCAGGUAGUGAAAAAAUUGUUACAGCCAAAAAUGGCCGAUUAAUGAUGAAAUGUACAUUUGCUGAAUGUGAAUAACAAAAACAAAAUUUAUCAAAAGGCAAGCUGGGAGCGGUGAGAUGGCAGGAGAAGCAGUAGGUUUCUUAAUAAAGAAAGGUCUUCCAUAUAUGGUUAAAAAGAGUGUAGAAAUGGGUAGAUAUUAUGGCUCCGAAGCUUUGAGAAACAAAAAGUUACAGAAGAAAGCCAUAAAUUAUGGACUGAAAAAGCUCACACCAGUAAUACAAAAUGUUGGGUCUGAAGCUCUUGAUCAAUUGUCAACAAAGAUUAGGCCA